UAAUUGAGAGAUUCUGUAACAUGUUUGAGAUAUUAAAAUUCAAUAUGGAUAAAUUUAUACACACAUUUCUACAGAAUUUAGGUUUAAGAAUUGAAUCUCAUGCCUGCAAAAAGUUUAACAAGAUUAAAUAUAUAUCAAAUAUGAAUAAGUCUUAUAUAGCAAAACAACUAUAUCCUACAGAGGAAAUAAAAGAUAUUAAUAUACAGCAAGAUUUGGAUUUUUCUAGCGAAGAAAACAUAAAAUAUUUCAUGGAAAAGCAUGUUAAUCUCUUUGAUAAACUUACUUAUCUAAAUAAUGCACAAAUUUUAACCUCUCAUUUGAGGAAUAUUAAUACAAUGAUUCUUCAGAAAAUAAAGCUAAGAUGGAAAUACAAUGGAAAUGUAAAAAAGAGAGAAAUUAAAACAUGGAACAAAAUUGUAACUUAUAACAAGAAACUAAGAACAAAUUUAGCAAAUAAAUUGAGUGGGUCACAGGGCAAAUUAUUGUUUUCUUCAGAAUGCAAACGAAAAUAUGUAAAUUUCUCUAAUUAUAAAAGAUAUAAAUUUAAAAAGGCUGCUCUUGGAAAUUUUAAACUACUUUAUAAUAACACAACUAUAUCCAAUGAUCACAGAAGUGAUAACAUUUUAAUAACAGAUAAUGAUAAGAAAACAUCUUUUCUUAGGCACAGUUUAUCAAACAUUGUGACAAAUAUCACAAACAAACAAAUAGAAAUGACUGAACAAUUUUUAUGGUUGCAUGUAAAAGAUAUAGAAUAUAUGAAAAGAAACAUACAAGUUACUCUUCAUAUCGCAAAGAAUUCAAAAUAUAAUUAUGAUACAAAGAACCAAAUAGAAUAUAAUCAAGUACUUUGUCAUCAUGCAAUUCUGUGUUUAAUUGAACCAAGUGAAAAGGGUGCUGUUUUAAUUGAAGAUAAUUUACCAGUUAUUGUUCAAAAAUAUCUCGUACAUGGUUAUAAAUACCAUUUUGAUUUUCAGAGGUAUUUUAUGAAAGACAAACAUAUUAUAUAAGUUUAAAUGUUUCAAUGGAUGAAACUUUUUCUUUAGA